AUGUCCGUCGAUGGACCCGAGCCGCCGCGGGGGUUCCGGGCUCAAUUGGCUGCGCUCAUCGGACCCCUCUGCGCUCCCCUCGUUGCGCCUCAACGUCGAGGCUGGCGUCCGUUAGCUUUGCGCCCACCCUACCUCGUCUCCCUCGUCUCGCUUCUGCUUUUCAUGCUUUUGGCCCUCGAGGCUCUCCGACAAUAUAGUCAUCGUCAUGGCGGGUUGGUCUUCUUCAGCGAUACCGACGACGUCUCUGCCUUGCAGUCGUUCGCUUAUAAUUAUGUGCCCAUCAUCGUCGUCUUGGUGCUGGUUAUGAUCUGGACGGUCACCGAUUUCGAUGUGCUACGCCUCGAGCCCUAUUUCCAACUCUCCUUGCCCCAAGGCGCGCCCGCCACCGUUCUAUUUAUCAAUUACAACUUCGGUCAAACCAUCCUUACUCCCAUCAAUGCGGCCCGUCGUCGACACUGGAUCGUCUUGUGGGUCUCACUACUGACCCUGUCGAUUCGCAUGAUUCUCCCCGCCUUGCAAAGUACCGUCUUUGAACUCCGCCAAGUCACCGUGAAGACCCGAGUCUCGAUGAAAAGUUGGCCUGACCUGGUGGAUCUCGAAACGCAAGCAACUUGGAUGUCCACCCAGGCCAACAACACCGUGGAUUCAGUUCUGUCAUCGGAUGAGCAAGCCCGCCGGUCGCGGUCGACCGAAUAUGCUAUCGCACCCGUGGAGAUUCCCACCAUCGCCGACGAGACCGAAGAUACCCUGUGGAAUCUGGAUCAGGAAGUCUACUGGGCUCAAGUCACCUGUGAGAAUAUGCCGCUCGAUAACAAAUUGUCCGUUACGAUCAGCACCCCGGACCAAGGCUUGUCAACUGUUUCGUGGAACGCCUCCGGCGUCGACCUCGACGAUGCCUAUGGCCAUGCCACCUCGUGCAAGCUGGAUUUCUCCUACGAGAGCGUCUUCUUUCCCGGAACCGACUAUCUUCAAGUUCGCUAUUGGGAGCCCGUUAUCAGCAGCGCCGCCGAAUCCAAGUAUCGAAAUCACUCACAGGCGUUUAAUCUCACCGGAUGUGACCCGUACGAUUUAUAUGGCAUGCUGAUCGCCGUUAAUGCAACCGAGUCCGAGUCCGACUCGUCGAAUGAUUCCACGUACGCAGCAUCUGGGGUUGCCUUUGCCUGCGACGUUACAUACCAUAAGGCUCAAGCCUGGAUAUCUAUGCACUCUAACAGCUCCAUUGAAAGCCUCCACGUUAAAUCCGCGACUGCCCAAACCCUGACCAGCACCGACGAUAUGCUCUUCAUCCGCGACAAUGCUACUACCGGUGGCCGCACCGUAACGGAACUGCCUGUGAUAAGCCAGGAACUUGGCGACCUUCAACCACUCCUCGUUCUUGACACCUCUACCUUGAUGACCGAGAGCGAGUUCGUAUCGAAGAUCACGCGCGAUGUGGAACAAACCUUUGUCCUUACCCUUGGCCGACUGUUCGAUCCCGACGUUCCCCCCACCGUGGUUCCCGCGACUCGGGUCACCAACCAAGUCGCGAUCUCCGUCGUUGAAUUCGCCGCACUGUGGUCUGAGCUUAUCCUGGCACUGGCCACGCUUACUGCUGUCUAUCUCCUGUUCUUAUACCGUUCCCGCGAGACCUUCCUCCAGAGCGACCCUGGAUCCAUCGGAGCCAUGUGCAGUAUCGCCGCGGACAUCUUCCAUCCGUCCAACGUUCUCGCAGAACCCAAUGUCGAGUUUCAUCAAUUCUCCACCCGCCAGAUGCGCCGUAUCUUCAAGAAAGCCCGCUGUUAUUGGCGUUCCGAUCUGUCUGGUAACAGGCUGGAGAUUCUCGCCGAGGAUGGUUCGCCGGUGCAACUCGGAGAGGAUUUACGGGUUCAUGCCGACCCAAUGCCCCAUUUCUUGGUCAUCCCCUUCUUUAUUGUCGAAUUUUUGGCUUUGGCUGCAGUAAUUAUCCUGAUGGCGCUCGUGGUGUCCUCGCUUGCUCGUGAUGGCAGAUUCCGACAUCUGACGCAAACCGAUUCCACAUCCUUCCAAGUCAUUUUGUCAUUCCUGCCUUCUGUUGUGGCCUCGUCUGUGGGCUCACUAUGCACCUCUAUUCACCGCAACCUCAGUGUCCUCGAGCCUUGGGUCCAUCUUCAGCGAGGCAAGGCUUCUGCGAAAAUCUCUCUUUCACUAAACUACUCAUCCCAGAGUCCGUUCGCAAUCCUACUCAAGUCAAUUCGUGACCGCCAUGUCUUGCUCGGCUUAGUCUCCUUGGCCUGUGUUCUUAAUAUGGUUCUUACGGUCGUGGCGGGUGGAUUGUUCACCCAGGAACUGACAUCCUCAACUCUCUCGACCCAGGAUUUGACCGCAAACUACAGUCAAUCCGUCUUCUGGCGAACUGAUUUUGCGGCAGAGUUCACCGAGUAUGACUUGAUACAGACGAGCAUCACCAGUGGGGUUCCCAUGUUGUCCUGGACAAGCACAAACCAGUCGUUCGUCCCUCUUCAUAUUCACAACCGCAGCCCAGACGUGAUGUACGGUGCCACUUCCCUCGGUGUUGGCUCGCAAUUACAAUGCUCUCCGCUUUCUCCAGACGUUAGCCUGGAGUAUAACACAACCUCUGGUCAUCAAUACUGGCGAUAUACCAUGUUCGACAACUCCUCCCAGGAGUGUGUCGCUUCCCAGCCAACCCUGACGAAUAAAAAUGCAGGGAUCGCUCUGUCCAUCCAAUUCCUCUCUGCCAGUGAUAGAAAUCACUCGGAUGUCUGUCAAACCUCGAGCGUCGUCGUUGUUGGCCGCUGGAACUACAGGGCUGACACGGCAGUCACCGACGACAACACGAUCGCUCUACACUGCGAGCCAUAUGUUCAGCUGCAGAACUAUUCAAUUACCUUUGACCAAAAGGGGCAAAUCCAGGACCACGAUCCGAUUGCGAAUACAUCCAUCACCAGUGGUGAAAUGUAUGAGAAUGCGACCGUGAGUUUGGGUCAGUUCAAUAAAGUAUUUGUCGCCAUUCCCGAGAGCUAUGUGGGCAACACCACCGCCCAGAAUGGGACAUAUAAUAUUUCUUCCUACGACUGGGCUGGUUUCCUCGUGGCACGUUUGUACCAGCGGGCUGACCCGGAUUUCGAUUCUCUUGACGUUGAGCGUUUUACCGAUCUCACUCAGGUCGUCUACCAGUGGGUCUAUGCCACAUACUUUUCCCUAUGGCAUGACAUCUACCUACAGCCAUUGGAACACCCACACACUGCGGCAAAUGCCACCGUGAUCCAAAGUAUGUGGGGCAUGGUGCCAUCAGUGCCGUCCCUUGCCAUCGCUUUGAUCAUCAUUGCCUUCGACACGCUAGUCGUGUUAGUAGUCUUUGGCACUCGCCACGGCCGAUUCCGAGGUCCACGAAUGCCACGGUCCAUCGGUGCCAUCAUCCCCUGGAUCGCACAUAGCCGCAUGCUAGGCGACUUCAGCGACACUCACAAAUGGACCAACACUCAGCGGCGCGACCAUCUCUCCACCCUGGACAAAAGAUACGCUUUCAGACAAUUCAUGGGCCCGGAUGGUCGUUGGCGCUUUGCUGUAGACGAAGAGCCCCCCGACGUCAAGCUACCACCGGAAUCACCACCACUCGAAACCCCGGAAUCUGACGUUUCCCAAAACGACCCCGAGUCAGAAGCCGGCAAAACCACGUCCAUCCAACUGCAAGAGUUGCCCAACCAGCAGUCCCGGGCGCGAAACUAA